AGUAAACAAUGCGUGGCCAAUCCGAUUCAAUCACAUCUUUAACGUUAAUGUCAUGUAUCGGUAGUUUUCUGACAGUAUCUUGUACCUUUUUCCGUUUAUUCACUCGCGUUCCGUUUGCCGGUGUGGUGAUCACAAUGUUUUCCAUGACUUAAACACUACUCGGCUUUUUUAGUUGGUGUAACGACUUCUGCAAACAUUGUUUUAUUCGAAACUACACAAGGAAGUUUUCUGCUAAAUGAGAAUUUACUGUAGCAGAAGCCAUGAGGGUUAGAAGUCGAGUACUUUCUUUAGUUCUAUUUCUGACUGGAUCAGCACUAUCGGUUGGACAUAACGGCGAUGUCAUAUAUGCCAUAAAUGCUGGAGGUGAAGCUCAUGUUGAUUACUGGGGUGUUCACUAUGAGAAAGACCCAUUGACUGGUAAAGUUGGGACUGCGUCAAGUUAUGGUAAGCAGCUGGUCAUUGGUAGGGUUCCUCCAGAAGACCAAAUAUUGUACCAGACUGAACGCUAUCAUCACAGUACAUUUGGAUAUGAUAUUCCUGUUGAUGAGGAUGGAGACUUUGUGUUGGUCCUUAAGUUCUGCGAAGUGUAUUUCAAUUCAGCAAACAAAAAGGUCUUUGAUAUUGUUUUGAAUGGUGACCAUACAAUAGUCAGCGAUUUAGAUAUCUUUGAGCGAGUUGGCCGUGGGGUUGCCCACGAUGAAUAUAUUUCAUUUUCAGUAAUGAAUGACAAGCUCUAUGUAAAUGGAGCAGAAUCCGAUAUCCAGGGUGGAAUGAUUAGGGUGGAAUUUAUUAAGGGUUAUAGAGAUAAUCCAAAAAUUAAUGCCUUAUACGUCAUGAAGGGACGGCUUGAAGAUGUGCCAAAGCUCCCAUACUACCAAACUGAUAGUGAGUACGAUGAAAUGAAAGAGAGAGAAGAAGACAUAAGAAUGAAAAGUCGUAAGCCAAGUGGACCACGUACUCCAGACCCAUAUUCUGUUGAUGAUACAGCCAUCAUGUUACCAUUAUUUGUUGCAAUAGGAGCCUUCAUACCCCUAUUGUUCUGUUUGUGUAAGCUAUGAUGUAAAAUGCUUUGUAGGCUAAAGGGAACAUUACAUCCCUGUGAUGAACAAUAGUCUGGUAGGCAAUUGUUAAAGUUUUGUUGAAUACCUUACUAUUUGAAGAUUUUAUCUACCAUUGUAUUAUCUAUUCUGGGUCUUGAUUGUUCAGAAUCUGUCUGAAAUGUGAUAAUCUAGGUCUGAAUAUGUCUAGAAUCAUAUGUCUGUUCAUACUGUAUGUUGUGACUAGUUUAGAUUAAUGAAAUUUAGUUGUACCAGAUCUUCAGGAUGGUGAAGAAUGUUUUUUUGUUUUUCUUUGCAUUGAGGCUGAGGUUUUGCUUUCCUGAAUGGCCAUGCCAAUGAAAUCUCAUUUUGACUUUACUUUAUUCAAGACACUGAAGUAUUCUUUCUCCUCCUUUACUUAAGUAUUAUGAUUUUUCAUUUUAAGAAUUUUUGAAUGAAGUUCUGGCACUUUUUUGUAAUGCCCCUGUGCUUAUUGCAGGAUUUUUUGUUUAAAAAUAGAAACAAAUCCAUUUAUGAUGUGAAUUGCUCAGAAAAUUAAGAUUCUGGUUAAAUACUGUAUUAUGAGUGGCCUUUCUCUAAUUCAUUUACCAUUUGUGUUUCUCAACUGUUUCAUGGGUGUGGAAUUAUUUGUUAAUGACUAUACUAGUCUUGCUUUAUUUUAAGUAAUUUAUUAUUUUUUAAUUUUUCCCCCUAAAUUAAUUUUGUUGAUUGGUUUGUGGAAUCCUUUUGCAACCUUGUGUGCAUCCAGGAAAAAGUCCGGUGGAGGCAGAAUCAAAUACCCAAUCUUGGUAUGAAAUUAUGUAGGAGAGUUCAUUCAAACAAUCUCAUUUGGUCUUUUUUCAAGAUGUGGUUCAAAAUCGGAUGUUGAAUUCUUCCCCUUCUGAUUGCAAUCGCCCUUCCUGAAGCACUUUUUAAAAGAACACAGAAUCUUUCUAUCAUUUUCAGGUGAUUAGCUGCUUGAAGGUCGACUGGCAGAAAUGUUUCAUCUGUUAACAAAUGUCAUUCAUUGCCUAUUAGCUCAUUUUAACCCUUUAAAAAACAAAAAACACACACCUGUGUUUUUGUGUAUCUUACCGUUCGGAAAUGUCUGUUAUUUUCAAAUAUCAUUCCAUUUUUAAUAUCUUAAAAUAUUCCAAUUUGCAUACCGCUGAUACUGCUGCCAUUUUAAACAUCAAAUAAAAGGUGCAGUAGGACUGCUGUAAGUUUUUAAGCGCAAAGCGUGAAUUUUACUUUUGACAACAAUCAACCUUUAUCAUUGCUACUUUGCACUCUAGCUGAUAAGUAUUUAUUUUUUACUCUAAAAUACCAAGUUUGUGUAAGCAAUUACCAUUAACUUUUCACAAAUAUGUUGUAAAACCCAUGACAGGUUUGCUGUUUGUACUUAACACAAAUGUGAUUUGAUUCUAUGUACAAAAUGAUGUUGCGUGUUUUUGUAAAAUGCUCUUGCGAAAAGCAACAGUUGACCUAUUUUAUUAUCUAUUUGUGGGAUAUUUCUUAUUAUCCAGCAACUCUGUCUAAGCACUCAUGGCAAAAAAUUUUAAAUUGAUCACAAAUGUAAAGUAUGUUAGCCCUUGUCUUUCACAAGUUUGGUAUGUGUUAGACAUCACAACUGCUGGUUGCCCAACCUGAUUUAUGUCAUACUAUAGGUUGGUGUUUUGAGCCGUACUUUUUCCUGGUUUUAUAUACUGCACGGGACGAAGGCGUAGGCAAGGGUUGUUCACUCGCACCGCGCAAUAAGGCGGCAAAGUAACAGACGGUAAGCAAGCCCGCUGGCCCGCCAGCCCGCCCGCGCCCGCACCCGCACCGGUACAGUAUAACCAGAAACAGGUACUGCUUUCGACAAUACAAAUUUUGUGGAGCCGUAUUUUUUGUUUUAUUAAUAUUGCAAUAACUUUGUGAUUUGUUUUGAUUUCAAGGCUUUUUGUUUUCGUGUUUUUUCUUUUUCCUUUUUUUGGUGGAAUGAAAAAAAAAUAAAGUUGUUAUUCUUGUCUUUUACAGGAAA